AUGUCUGACUUUGAUGAAGGCGAUGUGGCUGGCGCUGGAGGCGAUGAUGCCAUGUACGAGGAUGAGGAGAUCAACGACUACUACGACCCUGAGCCUGCCGAUGAUGGCGAGAACCAACAAGAGAACCAGGACGACAACAUUAUCAACUCUGGAGACCCUUCUGCUAUCGCGAACGCGGUGAAGGGCGGCGAUAGACUCCUGAAAGACAAGAAGAUACCCGAGAGCGAGCGAACCACAACACCCUACAUGACCAAGUACGAGAGAGCGCGUAUCCUCGGCACACGCGCUUUGCAGAUUAGCAUGAAUGCGCCUGUGCUUGUUGAUCUCGAGGGUGAGACAGAUCCCCUGCAGAUUGCGAUCAAGGAGAUGAGGGAAAAGAAAAUUCCCCUGAUCGUGCGGCGCUACAUGCCCGAUGGCUACUACGAGGACUGGACCUGCGAGGAACUACUGCAGUAA